UGUUAUUUUGUCCAGGUUUAUAUGUGAUAAUUUUUCGGCAAAACCUGAAAAGAUCUGAAAAAUAACUGACAAACUCCAACCAAAAUUUUAAUAAAUGACUUGAAACAAUAAGUAAACGAAAACCAGGAAAUACUAGCGGUGGUGACAAGGUAUAUCGAGAAUUACUUUAGUUAUCGAGAAACCAAAACAGGUGCUCCUUUUAUUUCCUGUUACAGAAAACGGUUUCUGAAUGAACAUCGCCUACCAAUUUUAUUACACAGCUAAGGAAGAUUUACAGUGCAACAGACUUUGAAAACUGUUUUAAAAGGCAUUUCACAAGUCUUCAGCUGUUAAGGAAAGUCCUUUAAAUUACCAGGAUGCUGUAGUUACCCCAACUCCUCAACGACAGAAAACAGGUCUUAAGUGACAGUUUUCUCUGACCAAAAUCGACGGAGAUCUGAGAACUUCUUGUGCAUUAAGAAGUUUAGUGUCGAAAUCUCCGAAUAAAAAAAGGACUUUCUGAACGACGCCCACUCAAGGCUUGCCCGUAAGGCGUCACAUGGUAAGUGGGCGAGCUGUGAGGACGCCUGUUAGACGAGACAGAGCAGAGUGGGCGGGCGAUGCUUCUAAUCCAAGUACCAAUGGGCGGUAGGGGACGCCGUGUGGCCUUCCAUAACCCACAGGGCGGUGAGGCGAGGGGCCAGCAGGACCAAGCGGCGACGACGAAGAAGGAGAGGAGCUUCGUCAGGCACUCACACCACCAGCAACAGCAGCAGCAGCAGUACCACCACAAGAACAACAAUAACAACAGCACCAACAGCAACAAUAACAAUUAUGCUGAACAUCGCUUUGUGCAGCGGGAAAGAAGCUUCGUUCGACCGCAGUCAACCUUCGCUCAGAUCCAGGUGAACAAAGGCAGCAGGUGUAAAGAAACAUGCCCAACGUUUCCACUCGUGCCGGGGAUUGAACCACAGACACUCAGUAUGUGAGCUGAGUGCGUUACAAACCGAAUCAAUGCAGCUUUUGGUUAUCUGACACAGGCCUUCCACUGGCUUAACCCUCUAACUAAAGAUAACUGUCGUAUGAUUGGUUAUGUUAGAUAAGUUUGUCAGGAAACAGGACAAGUGUUUCCUGACGUGGGUCAUAGUCAUAUGAUGACCCGCAGCUGAAACUUUUGGUCAUGUGACCGAGGCCUUCCGCUGGCUUACCGGUCCACCCCUAUAAUUAUAAAUAUGGUUCUGAUUAUAACUUAUUAGUUUUUUUUUUACCCUGUCGUAUGAUUCAGUUAUCUCAACUAUAAUUCCUGUUACUGCACACACAUACACAGCAUGAAUAAAAACGGG